AUGGCUUCCUUUUUAUCUACAUCUGCUCCGAGAAGUUCAAGACAAAAGGAUAAAAUUUAUUUAAUUGGUUUUGUGACCCACCAAAUUACUGGUGGCAAAUUACCAUCAAAUCGUCAAGUGUUACGUAGUUUGUUUUAUAACAUCCGUCAAGUAAAGCUGAAUAUAAAAGAUGCGGCUAGGUUAACCAUAAAAAAAGUUUUUAUUUUCUGGGAGAAAGCAAGGAUACAAACAAAACAUUUGAAAGACUCUGUUGCUAAGCUAGAAAAACUUCAUGAAGAAUGGAGAAAACUACAAAAAAAUUCUAACAGAACUGGACCAGCUCAGACAGAGAAAGAAAAACUUUUUAAGGCCAUACUUGAUGACCUAUUUGACAUAGCUCAUCAAGAUGCACUCCAGACUGCAACAGAGGAAGACAAAUUGUUUUUGCUUAAGCAGAGAGAAAAGGGGCGCCCAGGUGUCAUGGGAGGAGUUGAUUUACAGUGUGUAAAAGCUGAAGAGCGUUGGCAAAAAAGAAAUGCUUCGGAAAUGGCGAGGUUAACAAAAUUUAGGACAAGUUCAGGUGAGUUAAUUAAAAGUAGAUUGUUAUUCUUGUUUAAUUAUAAUGAUGUGUUUUAUAUUUUAGAAUUAGAAGAGCUUAAAUAUUUAGGUAGCAGCACGUCAGAUGAAGAUGAAAUUGAAGAUAAUGAUCAACGCACAGAGAAGGUAGAUAUGGUGACACUAAAUUAUGGGCCUGAAAAAAAGAUGAAAAAAUACACUAGAGGUACUGAAGAAAUUGUUAAUGAAAAGUUAUUUCUAAUAUUGGAUAGGUGUGCUAUUUCAGAUAGAGACGCAGCUAGAAUAAUAUCAGCUACAAUUGAAUCUCUUGGCCAUGAUUCUCAGCAAUAUAUUGUAAAAUUAGAAGGAGCAGUUGUACAUUGGGGUGGGAAAUUACUUCCAGAUAUGUUAAAUAAAGAAAAUGUUGAAAGAGUUGCAGUCUUAAUUAGCUGUGGAGAAGAAGAACAGUUAAUUGGAGUUCCCCUAUUAGAAAAUGGUGCUGGCAGUACAAUUGCAAAAUCUGUUUAUUCAGAACUUGGAAAGUGGGGUGCACUAGACAAGAUUCAAGCAAUGUCCUUUGACACAACUGCCGUGAAUACUGGCCGCAUUAAAGGCGCUUGCGUUUUAUUAGAGCAAUUGAUGGAGAAAAAAUUAUUGUAUCUUUCAUGUCGCCACCACAUUUUGGAGGUAGUGUUGAGAUCAGGUUUUGAUGCUGCAUUGGGAAAGACUACAGGCCCUCAAUCGGAUAUUUUCAAAAAAUUUAAAACUGAAUGGAACAGCAUUGAUAAAAAAAAAUUUAAAUCAGGAGUUAAAGAUAAAAGUGUAGCCAGCAAAUUGAUUAAUCCGGAUCAAAUUUCAAGUUAUCUUCUAAAACAAUUAACAGUUCAUCAUUCAAGGAGCGAUUACAAAGAAUUGAUUAGUCUUUGUCUUAUAUUUUUAGAACGCUUUCCGUCAGAAAACAUCGUGUUUGCGGCUCCUGGUGCUUUUCAUCACGCAAGGUGGAUGGCGAAAGCGAUAUAUUCAUUGAAAAUAUACCUUUUAAGAGAACAGUUUCAACUGACAAAUUUUGAAAAGCAAGGAUUCCAUGAUAUUUGUCUAUUUAUUAUAAAUAUUUAUGUGAAAGUGUGGUUGGAUGCCCCGAAACCUGCACUUGCUCCAAACCAAGAUUUACAAUUGUUAAAAUCUUUGGUAAAUUACAAUAAAGUCAAUAAAUUUAUCUCAGAUAAAUCAGUUUCAAAAUUUAUAAACCACUUAUGGUACCUCAAUCCAGAGCAGGCUGUUUUUUCAUUAUUCGAUGAUUCAUUAAGUAAUUGUGUAAAAAAGAGAAUGGCAUCAAAAUUAAUAUCUCAAGCAAAUGAGGAUGAAGAACUUGAUGACUACUGUGAUAUGAAACCACUAAUAAAAUUAAAUGAAGUAUCAGAGAUAUUAGACAAAAAUGUUGACCAUUUUAUUUCAUCACAAUCAAUCAAUUUUUCAAAAAGAUAUAAUAUUAAUGAUCAAUUUUUGCAUACCAAUCCAGAAUUAUGGAGUAAUAACGAAAAAUAUUUGAAGAGUAAAAAGAUUGUGGACGGAUUAAAAGUUACAAAUGAUACAGCAGAGAGGGGUGUUAAAUUAAUAACAGAUUACAACUCAUGUAUUACAAAAGUCGAAGAACAAAAACAAUAUCUUUUGCAGGUAAUUGCUGAAUGUCGGACAAAAUUUCCUGGUUGCUCAAAAGCCUCCUUAUCCGAGCCUCUACCUUUUGAACAAACAAUGAGUUAA